AUGGCUCACCUCACCAUUCGCAAUCUUACUAUCAACCCAAUCGAGCUCAUUGAAAUCGAGAGGUUCGAGGGCCAAACUGUGAGAACCGGCAAUGUCCUCUCAAAUAUGACAAGCCAUAUCAGUGGCUUCAUCAAGGCUUCCGACUUCAGCUCUCGCCAAACCCAGGCCAAGGGCGAGCCCAUUCACAAGGAAAAUACCUCUGUCAAAGUUGAGCCCUUCAAGACCAAGGAUUCUGGCAUCCGAGCCGCCGACAAGAAUAAGGAGGUGGUUCGUCUUACCUUCAAAUAUGAAGAUCACAAGUAUCAGGUCGACAUCCCCAGCCCCUCCAACAAAUCUUCUGUCAUGAAGAACCUGGACGGAGGCAAACAUGACCUCACUGUCGUUUAUACCCCCAACGGUGCCUUUCUCGCCAUCUUCUCUUCUGCCCAGCUGCACCGCUGGAUGCACGAGCUUCACGACGACUGGCCACUCACUCUGCUCUCGAUUCCUGGCACGCACAAUUCUCCUACCUGCUAUACUGCUCUUCCUUCUGUUCGGUGUCAAGCGGUUGACGUCUUGGAGCAACUGAAAAAUGGUGUUCGGUUCCUCGACGUUCGAGUGUCCGUCAGUCCUGACGAUGAUGAACUUGCUCUUGUCCACAGCGUGUUUCCCAUUUCCUUGACUGGCACAAAGUACUUCAAACACAUGCUCGAGGAUAUUUACAAGUUCCUCGACGAGAACAGCAGUGAGACUGUCAUCAUGAGUAUCAAGCGCGAAGGUACUGGAAGGGGCAACGACGAACAACUCGGAAAAUAUCUGAAGCACAGCUACGUCGAUAAAAGACGAAGCCGAUGGUGGACUGAGCCCAAGAUUCCAACUCUGGGUGGUGCCCGUGGUCGCAUUGUCAUCGUCCGCCGCUUCAACUUGGAUGGCGAGAUGAAGAAGACGUGCUGGGAUGGUCGAGGUUGGGGUAUUGACGCAGGCGCCUGGCCCGAUAAUUGUGAAGACGGCAAGGUGCCGGGAGGUAUUAUCCGUGUCCAAGACUUUUACGAAAUUACUGAGAGCCAGAAUAUUGAGAAGAAGAUCGAGUACUGCCGUCGGCAACUCGAACGCGCUGCUGAGCAGACCUUUGCUCUCGCUGGGAUGGAUGGUCAUAAAGAGGAUGCUGUUUUACCCCCCUUGUUCGUCAACUUCCUCACAGCAAGCAACUUCUUCAAUGCAACCUGCUGGCCAGAGCGUAUUGCUGCCAAGGUCAACCCUUCUGUUAUCGAGUACCUUUGCAUGUGCCACGGCGAGGAUGGCAAGGGGCCAAACAAGCUCAAGAUCGGUUCCGCAGGUACAGGAGUCGUCGUCACCGACUGGGUAGGCCACAAGGAUGAUUGGGAUUUGAUCCGCUGCAUUGUUGGAAUGAACGCAAGGCUGCAGCUCAAGAAUUAA